AAAAAAAAGAAAAAAAAACAACAGAUAAACAAAUCAAAACAAAGAACAGACCAAAGAAAACAAACACCACCGAACGAAAACCCCGAAGAUACACGAAGUGCGCCAAAGCGUCGACUUCGAAGCAAGAUGGCGACCGAGGAGGUGUUCGUGGAGGUCGGAUCGUCGGCCGAACUGGAGCAGCUGGCCGAGGCUCUCCAACCCGACCUGCCCGAGUGCGGCUGCGUUUACAACAUCGUGCUGAUGAAGGCGCGCCUGGGGGUUCACGUGCAGUCGGUCUACGUGCUGAGGAGGCAGUCGGCAUUCCCCGUCGUGCUGUUUAGGCAGAAGGACCAAGCGUCGAGUUUCGGCGUCUACUGCAGGCCCGCCGACGCUCCCUAUCUGAAGGCGGCGCUGCUGGUGACGCAGGUGAUCAGCAUGAAGGACGUCUGGGCGGCGGCCAUCCCCGACCACCUCGUGAGUGUGCUGAAGGAGGUGCUGACGGCGAGGUGCGGAAAGCAGGCGGAGGUCCGGCUUACUUCGCAGUUCAUCACCUUCGAUAGACAAGAGGCUCUGUCAGCGACCAUCGCGCGGAGCGAGAGUGGCGUCCUGUGCCAGCUCGGUGCGGCGGGCGUGGCUCAGAUGCACAGGACAUGGAAAUUCGGCAAACUCUUUCCACUGAGCGUUUUGCAGGCGCUAUACCCGGCUGCCCCGUCCUGCGGCUUCUACCCCCAGCCGACCUCCGCUCCGCCGCCGCCUCUGCGGCUGUAA